CCCAACAAAACCCUUUUGCUUCCUCAGUUAUUUUACUCCGCAGCCUCGGGCCAGAAGACGCCAUAUCAGAAGCAUUCUCCUUUGAUCGGUUUUCCUUUCGGGUUUUUCUUUGUUUUUGUUUAGGUGCUGUUGCCGCUUCACUGUUUGUGUGCAAAGAGUUGCCUACUUGGAAGAAGAAGAAGGUUGAGUAAGAUGGAGAAGGACGAAUUGAAGAAACAUGUCCUCACUGCUUUCACUCCUAAUGGGGACUAUGUUGCUAUUCUGUCUGCCAAUGGGAUUGCUAAAAUUUGGAACACAAACACUGGACAUUUGUUAGCAGAGUGGAAGCCAUCAGAUGAAGAUCAUGAUAUUCGUUAUUCUUGUAUUGCAUGUAGUUUCAUUGGGAAAAAGCGUAGAAAAGAACAACGAACUUUGUUAUUAGCUCUGGGUUCAAUUGAUGGAAGCGUUCUGGCUGUUGAUGUUUCUACUGGUGAGAGAAAGUUGACUACUAGCCAUCCCGGGGGUAUUGGCGGACUUUCAUUUGCAAAUAAAGGAUGUCUUCUUCGCAUUGUUGGGCAUAGUGGGAUGGCAUAUGAGGUUAAUACUCAAACAGGAGAUGUUUUAAAGGAAUUUAAAAUCUCAAAAAAGUCCAUCACUUCUCUGGCUUUCUCACAUGAUGAAAAAUAUUUAGCUAUUGUCAGCUCUAAACUACGGGUUAUAAACUGGGAAAUUGGGAAAGAGGUUCUGAAGUCCCCUAAUGAUUUGGUAAAUGUACAGCACAUUUCUAUAUCCAAUGAUGCCAAAAAUUUAGUUACAGCAGAUUUUGAGGGUAAACUUCUUCAAGUUUGGAAGUGUGAUAAUUCAGGAAAUGUGAGUAGAGGUCCAACACUUCCCAUAAGGCAUCCUCCAUUAGUUUUGGACUGCCACUGUGGUUGCAAUAAUGAAGAAGAUUUAGUUGUUUUGGCAGUUACCGGUAGAGGUUCUGCUUAUAUAUGGAAUUUGAAUGCCUCCUCCGAAGAUCAGAUACAGCCAAUUGAAACAGAUAAGGAAAAUGAUGAAAAUUCAAAAGAAAGGCACACUUCGAUUAUUGCAUCCAGAUUACAAGCUGUAGAGGAAGACAAACAGAUGAAAGCUCUUGUGGCUCAUGGCUCUGUAGAUCAUCCACAGUUUAGUGUCUUAAAUAUAAGCAAUUCAGGGGAGAAUAUAGUAUUAAUUGUAGGAGAUGAGAUGGAUUCUGUUCAGCGGCAUGACAGCCCUUCUGACAAAGCAAUAACGAUGGAAAGCAAGAAAACUAAAAAAAGACAAGCAGCAUCUGAUCCUGAUCUUCCAACCACAACUGACGAGGUUGAUUUAGCAUUUAAUGUAGAUCAACCAGAGGCUGCUGAAGGUGUCCUUCUCGAUGAUGAUUUGAAUGAGCCAACAAUGGGAGAGAAACUUGCUAGUCUAAGUUUGCUGGAAGAGGACAAAUCCAGGAGUGAUAAAGAGCAAGUAUCUUCUCUCUCAGCAAACCCUCCAAGUGCAGACUCUGUACAUGUUUUGCUUAAGCAAGCAUUAAAUGCUGAUGAUCGCACCCUUCUGCUACAUUGCCUGUAUACGCAAGAUGAGAAGGUUAUUAGAAAGUCAAUUGCACAGUUGAACCCAUCAAACGUCCUCAAACUUCUACACUCUCUUAUAUCCAUUAUUGAAUCUAGGGGUGCAAUUUUGUCGUGUGCUCUUCCAUGGUUGAAGUGUCUACUUCUACAGCAUGCAAGUGGAAUAAUGUCCCAGGAAUCUUCAUUUAAAGCUUUGAACACUUUGUAUCAACUAAUUGAGUCUAGAGUCUCCACUUUUAAAUCUGCCAUCCAACUCUCGAGUUGCUUAGACAUCCUAUACACAGGGGUUAUAGACGAGGAAGAUGAAGAUGAUAUAGGACCAGUUAUCUUUGAGGAUAAGGAAAGUGAUGAAGAAUCUGAGGAUGCCAUGGAAACUGACCAAAAUAACACAGAUGAAGAACAAUCAGAAGCAGUAUUGGAUCAUGUCAGUGACAUAGAUGCAAGUGAUGAUAUGAUGGGAGAUUAAUUUGAUAAUGUCUUUUUGUUCUUUUAUCAUAACAUGAUUGGCAAUGACACGUGGUUGAGUUGGCAGUGAUUGAUUGGUCUUUGAUGAAUUCUCUACAAUAUCUUGGAAGCGCCAUAUGCAUUUGCUUUCACUAUCAGUUUUGAAAUUUUGAUAUUAGUGUUCUACAUAAUCGGGUAUUAGAAUGUUUAGUCUUUUCA